UGAAGAAGAAGAAGAAGAAGAAGAAGAAGAAGCGGAGGAAGUAAGAUGGCGGCAACAGCGACCAUGAAGCGCCGUUUCGAUCCAAAUGUUUUCUCACAAAAUCAAGAAGUACCAGACUGGACCGGCAAAGAAGUCAGCACCGGGACCACCAUCAUGGCGGUGGAGUAUGACGGCGGGGUGGUCAUCGGCGCCGACUCCCGUACCACCACCGGGGCGUACAUCGCCAACAGAGUGACGGACAAACUGACGCCCAUCCACGAUCGCAUCUUCUGCUGCAGAUCCGGCUCAGCCGCCGACACGCAGGCCAUCGCUGACGUGGUCACCUAUCAGCUGGGUUUCCACAGCAUCGAGCUGGACGAGCCGCCGUUGGUGGAGACGGCCGCCAAUCUGUUCAAGGCCAGCUGCUACCGCUACAGAGAGGAGCUGACCGCCGGCAUCCUGGUGGCCGGCUGGGACCGCAGGAAGGGCGGACAGGUGUACUGCGUCCCCAUCGGCGGGAUGCUGGUGAGGCAGCCCGUGUCGGUGGGCGGCAGCGGGAGCUCGUACAUUUAUGGCUUCAUGGACUCCAACUACAAGGUGGGACUGAACAAAGAGCAAUGUUUGGAGCUGACCACUGCAGCCUUGGCGCUGGCCAUGGAGCGAGACGGCUCGAGCGGCGGCGUCAUCCGUCUGGCCACCAUCUCCGAGGAAGGCGUGGACAGACGCGUCAUCCUGGGAAACCAGCUGCCCAAGUUCUCCACACACUGAACAAACGUCAACUUGCUCAAUAAAACUUGGAACGUGCUCUCA